AGCAAUUUCAUCUUGUCCAACGCACGGGUGGUUGGGUACCCAAUCGUCUACAGCAACGAUGGAUUCUGCAAGAUGACGGGACGCACACGGGCUGACGUCAUGCAGAAGAGCAGCACCUGCAACUUCAUGUACGGGGAUCUGACUGACAAGGACACCAUUAAGAAGGUGGAGAAGGCGUUUGAGGAGCAAACGCCUGUGCAGGUGGAGCUAGUCAUCUACAAGAGAAACAGGACACCGAUGUGGUCUCUCCUUCAGAUUGCUCCCAUCAAAAAUGAGAAAGAUCAAAUCGUACUAUUUCUAUGCACGUUCAAAGACAUCACGUCCCUCAAGCAACCGAUCGAGGACGAAACUGCAAAAGGACUCAGCAGAUUUGCUCGUCUUGCAAGGACCGUCACCAGGAGUAAAUCAGUACUUGUACAAGUGGCUCAACACCUGCCCAACAUGAAAUCAGAACAAAGCACGCAAAAUCAGAUAUCGCAAAUCGCACACAUGCUGAUUCUGGAUGCCGAGGUCUUGCCGCAGUAUAAGCGAGAGGCGCCCAAGACACCGCCUCACAUCAUUCUACAUUACUGCACGUUCAAAACAAUGUGGGACUGGAUUAUUCUCCUACUCACCUUUUAUACAGCGGUAGCUGUGCCUUUCAAUGUUGCCUUUGACACACAAACUGCCAAGGACUAUAUCAGUAUGGUUGUAGACGGCAUUGUGGACAUCGUCUUCUUCAUUGAUGUCAUACUGAAUUUCCACACCACCUUUGUUGGUCCUGGGGGCGAGGUUGUGUCUGAUCCCAAGGUCAUCCGUAUGAACUAUCUCAAGUCUUGGUUUAUCAUUGAUCUCCUUUCGUGCCUGCCAUAUGACGUCAUCAAUGCUUUCCAGCAGCAAAAUCAGAAUUUGAGCACUAUAUUCAGCGCACUGAAGGUAGUCAGGCUCUUGAGACUUGGCCGUGUCGUCCGGAAACUAGACCACUACAUUGAAUACGGCGUGGCCUUCCUGAUUCUGCUCAUGUUGUCCUAUAUGCUCUUCGCCCACUGGGCUGCCUGUAUCUGGUAUUCGAUCGGGUUGAGCGAUGCUGACGCCAACAACACGAACGGCUGGCUGGCCAAGCUGUCCAAAGAUGUCGAUAUCGCGUACAGUUACUCCGCUCAGGGGGUUUUCGACCCGAACUCGGGACCUGAUGUAACUAUGAAGUACAUCUCCUCGCUCUAUUACACAAUGAGCAGUUUCACCAGCGUUGGCUUUGGAAACAUCGCGGCUAACACCGUGCUGGAAAAGGUCUUCACUAUCCUGAUGAUGGUGGUUGGAUCUCUUCUUUACGCCACCAUCUUUGGUAACGUAACCACCAUAUUCCAGCAGUUCACGCACAACACCGCUAGGUACCACGACAUGCUGAACAACGUCAAAGAGUUUAUGAAGCUCCAUCAAGUUGACAAAGGUCUAUCUGAGCGUGUCAUGGACUACGUGGUCUCUUCCUGGUCUAUCAGCAAAGGAAUCGACUCCGAAAAGGUUCUUAGCUACUGCCCAAAAGACAUGAAAGCGGACGUGUGUGUCCACUUGAACCGGAGUGUCUUCAGCGAGCACGCAGGCUUCCGCCUGGCUAGCGAGGGUUGCCUGCGAGCCUUAGCCAUCAAUUUCACUAUGAGCCAUAGCGCUCCCGGUGAUCUCCUCAUACACGUCGGUGAGAGCGUGGACUCCCUGUGGUUUGUCGUGUCCGGCUCCUUGGAGGUCAUACAAGAUGACGAGGUGGUGGCCAUUUUAGGAGCUGGCGAUGUCUUUGGCGAUUGCUUUUGGAAAGACAUCACACUUGGCCAAGCAGCCGCCAACGUGAAGGCUCUGACAUAUUGCGACCUCCAUAGCAUCCGGCGAGACGAUCUCAUGGACGUCUUGAACUUCUACCAAGCCUUCGCCAAUUCAUUUGCGCGCAACAUGGUCCUGACGUACAAUCUCAGGCACAGGUUGGUGUUUCGAAAAGUGGCUGAUGUUAAACGAGAACAGGCCGAGGCCGAGAAACGGAAGAAUGAACCACCCAUACCAGCGGACCAUCCAGUGCGGAAAAUGCUCAACAAGUUCCGUAAGCUCAGUGACGUCCCGGAGAAGAGGACAUCCGCACCCGGCAAAGACGUGGAGAAGGGAGAAAACGAUAUAGGGUCGCUGUCAGUCCUGGCUAGGAUGAAGGGUCCCAUGCUAAGACGAGUGCCUGAGAAUAACGAUAGUCCAGGCACGGGCAGAAAUGCCAAACCUGGACCGCCUAAGGAAAAGUUACAGAAGGAAACAGCAGCACCUGUGCAGAAUGCAAAGCCAGCGUCCAAGUGGGGGGCCUUCAAGAAACCCAAUCAGCUCCGGAAGACCGAGUCAACGGACAGUGGGAUAUUACGCAGUGAAUCGAAGCUGGAUGAAAUCGGUCGCCAUGACAGCAAGGAAGGCACCAGCUCAAUGAGCACGUCCUCCACAGACCAACAGCUUCUGACCAGCCUCAUGGAAAUUAAACUUGAACUCAAAGAAGAAAUUGAGCAUCUCAGCGUCAAGAUGAAUAGACUCGAUGAGCAAAUUGGAGAUAUCAUCAAGUUCUUUUCUCCCGAAUCGUCUCCGUAUUCAUCCAAUGUGCCCAGUUCAAACAGCUCUCGCGUCAGCUCUAUGAACGAAGUGGCCAUUGCUUCACCGCAGAAGUCGCCAAUCACGGUGAAAGUGCGCGAGCAUGCGGACAAUUCCACUCGUCCCAGCCCUCCGACAUCGGGCUCCGGCUCCAAGUCUAAGACGGGCUCAGGGUCGUCCGGGACAAGUAGUGACAAGAAACGAUCAGGAGACAGGAGGAACUCGAAUGGUUCCAGGAGUUCAACCGGCUCUCGGCAUUCAAGCUCCAGCGAGACCCGACGAACAGGCACACCGACGUCUCCUCCGGAUACCAGGGGCCCACCGCCCGUUGAGAGCACUAACAUCUUAGCUCUCCUCGAUCCAGAUCUCCAACGCGAAUCCUUCACCGACAUCGAGUCACCACCAAGUCCUGACGCACAUGUGCCACAGUUUUAAUGAUAUCUAACGACACCAUUGUUGUGCGUAGUGUGUGAUUGUAGUACACUGAUAACUUUCACUGUCAUAAAGUCACUUACUUUGUAAAUAAUAAUCCUUAACAUUAUAUGAUAAUCAACCUGAGUGGACCUAUAUGCAAUGAUAUACCUCGUGCCCUGGUUAUCAAUAUCAUUGAUAAUUAAUUGCUCAUCAAUAACAUUGAUACUUGUGAAUAGUGAAUUUCGAAGCAUUGUGCAGUUGCAAGUUGUAACAGCGCAAAGGCCUUUUAUUUUUCAAGCUCAACUGAUAUCAACUACGCCUUAUAACAAUUGUUUAUAUCAUUCAUUUUGAUUAUGUAUCGAAACAAGUGCAAUGAAAUGGAAUGCAAAAAUGGUAUAGCAUGGAAGGAAGUACGGAAAACAUAUCUUUUUAAAUGAUUAAAGAGCUCGACGAACAAAUGCAAAACAAGACUAAAAUGAAGCAAAAGCUUGAAGAGUUGCUCGGAACUCUUGCGGAAAAAACUGUUGACGAUAACAUAAGCAAUAAAGUGAUGAACGAGGUCAGUACACGGACGAAUUUUCUACGUAGAGCUGUUGUAGUGUAACAUACAAACAAAAGACACUACAUGUAUAUGUUGCAUUUUUUGAGCAGCUUGAGAUCUGACCUGAUUAAUUUUAGCCUGAUUAAUUAAUCCGCAGUAAUUUGCACGUGCAUGACUGGAAACGUCCCAUUUACAAUUGCCACCUAGUCGAAUUUAUCAUUUUCUUUCGAAGCCUUCUUUGUUCUUAUCGCGACUCCCAUUUAGUUAGAGUUGAACUAUCCAAUACAGGACAUAAAUCAUGAAUGAACUCCACAAGCGAAUGAACUCCACAAGAAAACAGAAUGACACAAGAUGAACAGUAUGUUUUAAAAAAAAAAGUGCUUGAGCUGGGAUCCGGAGGUCAUCCCUCUCCGAACACCCAAGGGCUCAAUGUUCGAUGUGCUAAUGGUCAUGAUUUCCCGGUAGUAAUUUUCGGUUCCGUAAGAACGCAUCUGUUUUACCAUUCAAGCAUCGUCGAAUAUGAUCGUUUAACGAAUUCAUACUGACGGCAACGCCGUACAAAAUGACACUUACAUCACGUGAAUAGUUAGGCUGAACAGCGACCGAUCAACAUCAACUAGCCAGAAAUUGAUACUUAUUAUGGGCAAGCUGAAGAAAAAGCUGUAAAUAUUAAUCGUAAACAUCAAAGCAUUCUGUCUGUGCUAUGACGUAACAGCUCUUUGUAUUCUCCUGCUUUGUUUCAAUUCCAAUCUCAUAUGAAUACAUUAAAUUACGAAACAUAAUUAUGUCUUCAAUUCAACUCACUGCUCUGAUGAAUUUAUUCUAAUUAGGAUAGCGUCAAGGCGUAUUGGUUUGGCAAACUCUGGGCGAAUUUUCUCUUUACCGACCAUCCUCUGUUAGGGCGUCCCUAUAUAUUUCUGCCAUUCUCAUAUGUUUUGCCUCUGAGUUCUGAAGUAGGGUCGGUCAGUCGGUCAAAACACAAAUAUGACCCCAAAAAAAUACAGUUGCACCCGUAUAGAUGGCUUAAUUAAUUGAUGCCAAGAGCGUAUCGACUAGUAUUGUUUUGUUUAGUUAAUAGGGUUCCAAACAGAGUCGGCGGUAAUAAGAAAAAUAAACUUGGGGGGGGGGGGCGCAAGUCAAAAAUAUGGUAGGUCAGAAAUGAGAACCAACUAAAUCAAAAGGGAUGCCCUUAUCAUGAUGUCACACCAUGCUUUGAAAAAAAAAAAUAUUAUUUAAUUAAUCGGUGCGCCAUUUUAGAAAUUUAGUUUAAAUGUUUUAGCAACGACACAGCAUAUUAACAUGUACGAAGAUCAUUCGUUCUAGCAUGGUUCGUCUUAGUUAUGCUACAAACAAUCGAGUGUUAAGGACUUGCUAUACCUUACAGAGCUAAUUUCACAAUUAAAAUGGAAGAUUAAUUACAAAGUAUUAUUGAUGCAUACAAUCUUGCAGGGCAGCCGAUACUUUGAUUGCAGAACUGUCUUACAAAUCUGUAACUUACUUUUGCUUUUGGAUUUAGUCGGAAUCGUCAUUAACUUUUAACUUACUUACAACCUGGGAACCCGAGAGAGGACUGUUCCUUACCUCUUGUUUGUAAGGACACUCUAGACGAUUUCUAGUCACACUUGUGUGUACAUGCUAUAAGAGUAUCCCAGUGACGUGGUUACGUGGUAUCAUGAAUUGCGACCAUGAUUUGCAGCGUGACACGCUGACGUUCAUAUCACAUCACUUCAAUGGUCAACUCUGCGGCAUAUUCAGCGGAGUGGGGACAUUUUGCAAACGAUAUGAUAUCGAUAGCAUUUCAAAAAUGGAAAUUAGAGUAAUCCUCCUGCAUUUAACAUGUUGUAAGAACGAAAAAUAAUUGAGGCUACCUUUCAACAACCAAAAAAAACCCAUAAUAUUUCCCUUCCCGACCCGAGGCUUGGAAAGUCAGUUAGCUCAAUCAGGACCCAUUAAACAAAACGAAUUCGGUAUAUAGGCCUACUCAUUAGUAAUCAACAUAGCACACAAGAUUCUUGAAGAUAUAAUCACAGAGUAUGUCCACAUUUUGUUUUGUUUAAAGAUCCAACCAAGUUGCCCAGGCCUCAGUGAAACCACCGUGCUGGUCAUGCGUCUAUGUUUCGCGAGUUGUUACUGCUGAGCUAAACGAAUUAUGAGUUUAUAAACGACACGCAAAACUAUAUUUCCGAAGAAUGUGGGAUUUUGAGUUUGAUAUAUAUUUUUGUGACUUUUGUUAAAUAUGAAGGGGAUGUCAUUGUCAUGUUAGUUUCCUCUUGUGGAGAAAUUAAGUCUAUUAAUUAAUAAAAGCGUGCAAUUUAUGAAUAUGUGCAAUCGCUUUAACUUUAACAUUCUGCGAGUAUUUCAACCAACACAAAAUGACUUUUGGCGCAAUUUAGAUACAGUUACUACUACGCCACGGUUUUUUCUGUACAUAUAUCGCUUCUGCAUCAUGCAUUUAUGAGUACUAAAUAUUCUUUCAAAGUUUAAGAUUAACAAUGUGCAAUUUAUACAUUUAUUGUAUGAAUUAUUUAUCGUAGAAAAUGUUUAAGAUUAUUUUUUUGUGAUAUUUAUGUCAUAGGCAAGUGCCUUGUGGGAAGAAUAAAAAGUGAAGUUGAAAUUUUUUCGCCUGUACAAAAUGUAAAACGAAUAUUUAUAUUUGAAUGUGUACAGCACAAUACUUUAAGUGACAUAGAACACUACUCGUGUCUUUCUGACGAUAAUGAGAUGAAAUCUGUCUUUUCAUUUUCUUUCCAUAUGAAGAUAUUUAUAACAAUAUAAAGGACAUCCGGUCUACUUUGAUUCCUGUUGACGUAAGCAUGACGACAGUUUAACAUCUUUGUUCAGACGGUUGGAAGUAAUCGAACAAUUAGUUCCAUGCAAAAGAAAGGUAACAUUGUAAAAAUGUUGUUUGGAUAAGAAGUUUUACUUAUCAUACCGGAAACAAAAAACUCUUCAGCUGUAGUAGCAUGCUUCGUUUUUCUUUCUUCCAUUUACUAAAAUUCCAUAUAAUCUUGUAUAUAAAUUGAAGAUACAAUUCACGUGCACAUAUAUUGACAUGGCGUAAGCAGGAUUUGGAAGUUGAGCUUUUUUUUAGAAAACUCUUUUGGAAAUCUAAUGUUAUCACUUUUUACAAAUAGUUAUGUUUCACACAAAUUUAAAAUUCUCAACUCUAAGCAAACUACCCUAAGGUAAACAAGUGCGAUACUUUUUUUUUUGUAUUGUGAAGCUACACAUUAUUGUGUUAUUAUUAUUAUUAUUGUUAUUAUUAUUUUUUUAACAUCAUGAACUGGCAAUUUUUCAUUGAGUUUUCCCCCAAAUACUCUGGAGGUUUCUACUGUGACCAAGUUUGACUGCAGAAGAGUUGUGCAUUCUAAAUCAAUUGUAAACAGUUUGCAAGUUCGAUGGAUGUUUCACAACAAAAAUUAAUUAGUGUCGCGCACUAUGAUCAGUAUGCACAUAACAUGCAUGAAAACGAGUUCGUUACAACACACUGACACAAAUUUAAGAUCGCUUAAGAUCAUUUUGGUACUUUAUUUUAUGUAUAAUUAUGUCUUUGUACUGAAAUUAACAAAUAUAGGGUUUGAUUAUCUCUGAGUGCUUAUUUUCUUAGUUUGAUUGUGUUUGACAAACCUUGGGGUAUGUUUACUUCGUAUCCUUCGUAAGUACUUUGUAUCCUUGCGUUUGUGAACAGAUUGCAUUCUUUCCAAAUUGUAAAUUUACGCUGGAAAUCGCGUCUUUGGUUUGAAAGACUAUUGAAAAUUGAUUAUCAAGACCGGUCAUGCACCACGAAGACUGGCACAUGGUUGGGAGGCAGAUUUGUUACAGUGUCCGAUAAUUCGACUACGCUGAUUUUUAUAUCAUUGCUUAGCUAUGACUCGAGUAUCUUCUUGAUUGACGAAUUCCAAACGGUGUGCAGACAUGAACACAAUUACUUGUCGGAUUAGUUCAACCAGAUCUUUCUUGCCUUAUAAAUUGUAUACCUAAACAGGUUCAAACUAGUAUUCUUCGGAAUAGUCAGUAUUCCGAAAGACGGUAUAUAGUGUAUAAAUCUAUGAUGCUGAUUAUUCUAUUUUAUAUCUUUAGAAAUAACAAUGGAUUACAUAAUUAUACGACUGCAGAACGAAAUGUUUCAAAACAGACAACAUAUACGAAAAAUAUGAAUCAGUGACAGAUGUUGGCACCAUACCAAGAUGAAGUCUUUUGGAAAGAAUGCAAUUUUCAAUCUUUAUUCCAUUAUUGUCAACUCAACCUGACGUCACUGUGACGUGCACGUAUUAGAUAAUGACAAUAAAGGACUGUUUAUG